CCCUCCACAGUGGACGGCGGCUAUGGGUACCUGAAGGACGCCAUGUGGUGGGCCGGAUUCGCCACCAUGUCUGCUGGAGAAGUCGCCAACUUCGGGGCCUACGCGUUUGCGCCCGCGACGGUCGUCACGCCGCUGGGAGCGCUGAGUGUCCUCAUAAGCGCUGUCUUCUCCUCCUAUUUUCUGGGAGAGAGCCUGAACCUGCUGGGGAAGUUGGGCUGUGUGAUCUGCAUGGCGGGCAGCACCGUGAUGGUGAUUCACGCCCCGGAGGAAGCCAAGGUCACCACCGUCAUGGAGAUGGCUUCCAAGAUGAAGGACACAGGGUUCAUCGUGUUCGCCGUGUUCCUGCUGGUGUCCUGCCUGGUGCUCAUCUUCAUCGUCGCCCCUCGGUACGGACAGAGGAAUAUCCUCAUUUACAUCAUCAUCUGCUCCGUGAUCGGCUCCUUCUCUGUGACAGCCGUCAAGGGGCUGGGCAUCACCAUCAGGAACUUCUUCCAGGGGCUGCCCGUCGUGCGGCAUCCCCUCCCCUACAUCCUGUCUCUCAUUCUGGCCCUUUCCAUCAGCGCUCAGGUCAACUUCCUGAACCGGGCGCUGGACAUUUUCAACACAUCGCUGGUGUUCCCUAUCUACUACGUGUUCUUCACCACGGUGGUGGUGGUCUCCUCCAUUGUGCUCUUCAAGGAGUGGCACACCAUGACCGCCGUGGACAUCGUGGGCACCUGCUCCGGCUUUGUCACCAUCAUCUUGGGGGUGUUCAUGCUCCACGCUUUCAAAGACUUGGAUGUGAGCCACACCUGUCUGCCGCACAUGCGCAAACACCCGGCGGCCCCAGGGCCCGGCCCACAGCCAACCGCCGCCGCCGCCGCCGCAGUCGUCAGACUGGAAGACAAGAAUGUCUUGGUGGACAAUAUCGAACUUUCCAGCAGCACCCCAUCCCCGGAACAGAAGCCCAAAGUGUUCACAAUCCAUUCGUAA